AUGAGCCUUAGUGGGGAUAACAGUGCUGAAAAGGGAGAAAACUUCAUGUCCUAUUUCUUCCCUAAUAUUGUUAUUGCUGAACGACGGGCCUCCUGCGGCAUGUACCAGUUGUCUGAAAAAUCACAGCUUGCCUGUCCCCGCAACUACGAACCCGUCUGCGGGACCAACGGCGUGACCUACCCCAACGAGUGCUCCCUCUGCAGCGAAAUGUUACGUAACCGAGCCCUCGACAAGAAGCACGAUGGAAGAUGUGUUAAGCUCGACUGUACGGGCUACCUGAGAUCAAGCGGUGGCCACGCGACCCGCUGCACCCUGGAGUACAGGCCCAUCUGCGGCACCAACGGGGUUACCUACAGCAACAAGUGCCACUUCUGCAACACCGUGGCGAAUGGACUGGACAUAAACCUGCGCCAUUUUGGAGAAUGCGUCCAGAUUGACUGCAGGGAACAGAAGGGUAACAAUCUCAUCUGCACCGCUGACUAUAACCCCCUUUGCGGCUCCAAUGGCAAAACUUAUGGAAACAAGUGCCAGUUCUGCAACGCAGUUUUGCAAAGCCGAGGAACUCUGUUCCUCCAACACCGUGGCGAAUGCAGAGUACUGAACUCCUUCCCUUCGCCCUGA